AUGAAGGCGGAGCAGCUUACUGUUCUUGAUUCCAAGGCCCCUGCAGGAUCGAAAAAUAACCCGAUGGAUAUUAAGUCAUUAGUGGAUGUAUUCUCAGUGUUUGGCUUUUCGCCAGACGACAUCAUCGACAAGCAUGACCAGUGCACAAUCUUCAAAAAGAUCCGUGUUGAGUUAGACGACUUGCUCCGAGAUCUGUCCCUGAAUACGAAGAAAUACGACAAGGCAAUCGUCUUGCGCGACCGACUGCGUCUUAUCAAGCGCGAAUUCAUCGAGAUGCAAGGAACAUGCGAGAAAUCUCGUCAGGGGAAGGAGACGCAGCAGUUCAGUCGCGGUAUUGUACUCGCGAAACAGCAUAACGAUGCUCUAUACGCUGCUCAUACGGACAACUACGAACGUGAGAUCUCAUACCGCCAGGAAGAGCUGAAAAAGACACACGAAGUCGAGCGAGCUCAACUCGAAACGUACCUGAACAAGUUACAAGAGCCUCAUGUCAAGUUUUCUAGUCUGUUGCUCGAGCUGAAAAAUACUGAGAAAAAUCUGGCCAAGCUGAAGCUGUUUGAGGACGCGAAGAACGUCUUCGUCCGUGUCGCGAACAUGGAGCGUGACGAGCGUGCGCUGAAUGCUGCAAAAUUCGAGAAAUUCAAGGAGAACAAGCGAGCUCUGCUACUACAAAAGCAGCAACAGGAGCUAGCGGAGGCCGAAGAAAAAGUAACCGAGAAGCGCUACGUGGUCCAAAGAGCAAACGACAAUCAUCGAAAGACUGAAGUGCAACGCAUGAAAAAUCUGAAAACGGACAUGGAACACGCGCAUACGAUGGAUCUGCAUAGCAAGAAGGUGUUCUCGACAGACGCUGUAGCUGCUGUGCGGAAGUCUCAUGGUGCAACAUCAAGCACUUAUCGAGGACAGCAGCUCCUGAGCACAGUUCAAGGCAAGCGUCUCGAAGUGGCCAGUCUCUGUCUUCUUCACGAGAGUGAAAAUGGCGUUGUGCCACCUGGGUCGGUAAGUGUAAAUCUGCAACUUCAGCUGGAUCGUUAA